AUGACCUUCACCCCAGAGCAAUACGAACCCGUCACUGCAGACUCAUGGCUCGUCUGCGACACCUGCGGCACUCAAUUCCCUACCGCUGAUCGCUCCGCCCUCAAAACAUGUCACAUCUGCGACGAUCCUCGCCAAUUCGUCCCGCCCUCUGGCCAAUCCUUUUCUACCCUGGGCGAAUUGAAGAAGCACUUCAAGAACGAAUGGGUAGAGUGUCCGUCGGAUCCGAACGUCACCUUUAUCCACUCCACGCCCAAGCUAGCUAUCGGCCAGCGCGCUAUUCUUAUCAAAACCCCCAAGGGGAAUAUUCUCUGGGAUUGUAUUACUUUGCUGGAUGAAGAGACUGUGGGGAAGAUUAAAGAGAGAGGGGGGUUGAGGGCGAUUGUUAUAAGUCAUCCGCACUUUUAUAGUGCGCAUGUUCAGUGGGCGAGGGCGUUUGGUUGUCCUGUGUAUAUCUCAUCUGAAGACAAACCCUGGACUACACUCUCGUCUUCUCACCAGGUUCUUCUCACCGAGUCUUCCACGCCAAUUCUCGACACCGGCGCAACAGCUAUCAAACUAGGCGGACACUUCCCAGGGUCUUUAGUUCUACACUACAACUCACGUCUCUUCAUCGCCGACACGCUCAUGACAACAGCGUCAGGUGUAGGAAAUUGGGACAUUGAUGCAACAGGAGCAGAGCGUCCGUCUCGACCACCGGGUUUGAACUCGUUUUCGUUCCUCUGGAGUAUUCCGAAUUUUAUUCCGCUUGGUGUUGAUGAGAUGGCGAGGAUGUGGCGGGCGUUGAAGGAUGUGGAAUUUAAUGCUACGUAUGGUGGGUUUAUGGGGAUGGAUAUUGAACACAAGGAUGUGAAGGAGAGGGUUUUGGAGAGUAUGAAGAUUCAGGCUGGGUUUAUUGGGGAGAAGGAUUUUGAGAGUAGAAUUGGUGAGUGA